CAAAAAAUUACAUAAAAAAUAUACGCCGGCAUUUAACAAGUUUUCAACCGAACUUUAAUGAAUAAGGAGUCCCCCCCAAGCGUGUUCGGGAACAUCACAGCGCCAACCAAAGAAUGAAAGAUUCCCAAUACCUGGAUGUUAAGCUAAAACUUCGUGACACCGAGUCUAUUGUAUUGACGCCUGGCUACUUGAUUGGCUGCAUUCUCAACUCCCUGGAAAGCUUAUUUGGAGAAAUCGGAGGCAAGACAUCGUUGGAUAUUGUGAAAUUCAGUGCAGCGGAACGACGACUUAUCUUGCGAGUGCCUCAAGAAUUCGUUGAGCGCGCGCGUAUUGCUGUUACCUUAAUAGGCCACUACCAGGAGGUGCCUUGUCACUUUCAGGUGCUAAACGCAUCAAAAAAUCAGCUGGACUUUGAUAGCAAGAACGACGAAAACGUCGUCAAACUUUAGUGAAAUUAUUAGCAGG